CAAAUUCAAACGAACAAAGACGCAAACCCAUCCAGGUUCAUUACUUCUAUCUUUCUUUCUCUUUCCCAUUCCCAUUCCGAUUCCUAUUCCUCUAGUUGAAACUCCAAAGCGUGUACACAAGAGUUUUCUUUUCUUCUUCUCUAUCUCUAAAACCUGCAAAUGGAAGAAGAAAGAGGAAGUUACAACAACAAGAAGAGUUUGUUUUUACCAGGGAAGAAGAAAGAAGACGUUUAUCAUGUACUUUACAAGGUUCCUUUUGGUGAUAGUCCUUAUGUCAGAGCCAAACAUGCUCAGCUGGUAGAAAAGGACCCGGAAGCCGCAAUCGUAUUAUUUUGGAAAGCAAUUAAUGUCAGGGAUAAAGUGGAUAGUGCUUUAAAGGAUAUGGCUGUGGUGAUGAAGCAGUUAGAUAGAUCCCAAGAAGCCAUUGAAGCUAUCUCUUCCUUUAGAGGCCUUUGCUCCAAACAGUCUCAAGAAUCCCUUGAUAAUGUACUCAUUGAUCUUUACAAGAAAAGUGGGAAAAUAGAUGAGCAAAUAGAUUUGCUAAAGAGGAAGCUGAAAUUGAUCUACCAAGGGGAAGCCUUCAAUGGAAAACUCACAAAAACUGCACGAUCUCAUGGCAAGAAGUUUCAAGUUUCUAUUAAACAAGAAACUUCAAGAUUAUUGGGAAACUUGGGUUGGGCCUACAUGCAAAAGAUGAAUUACGUUAUGGCCGAGGUGGUGUAUCGAAAAGCCCAAAUGAUCGACCCGGAUUGUAACAAGGCAUGUAACUUGGGCCUAUGUCUCAUUAGACAAGCUCGGUAUGAAGAUGCCCAAUUGAUUGUUGAUGAUAUACUAAAAGGAGAAAUUCCAGGCUCAGAUGAUAUAAAGUCUAGGAAAAGGGCUGAAGAUCUUGUAAUAGAGUUGAAAUCAUUGAUACCUUCAUCACAUACAUUGGAUCUUUUGGUUCUUGAUGAUGAGUUUAUCAAAGGCAUAGAACAGUUGAUGAAUGAAUGGGGUCCACUUAGAUCAAAGAGACUUCCAAUUUUUGAAGAGAUUUCUUCUUGUAGAAAUCAGUUAGCUUGUUAAGUUUUUUAACUUUGUACAUAGAUUUUUUUUAUAUUAUAUUUUUUAUAAUUUUUCCUUUCUUUUUCUUAUUUUCCUCAUAGUAGAGGGUUUUUUGUUUUGUUUUUUGGGAAGAGGUGUAUAAGAUAAUGUAUGUGAGAGCUGAAUGCUUGUUUGGAAAUCAGAGUAAGUUGAAGCAGA